CCUUUACAGACCGAUAACGUCGGCAUGAUUACCUCCCUUGAAAACUUUUUACUAAAGAAAUCACGUUUAUUUGUUUCUGCCAACAUGGCCGUUCACGAGGUCUUACGACUACAUAUCACUUCUGAGCGGUUUAUUGUGGAGCCUAGAGGGGGUGAUACUACAGAGCUCCUUAUCAUUGACAGAGUGACUCAGGAAAUAACUUUGCAAGGAAACCAAGGUCAGAUACCAGCCUCUGCCAUCACCAAGUCUAUAUAUGGAAUUCUGGGAAUAAUACGACUGGUAGCAGGAGCAUAUUUAAUUGUGAUUACGAAAAGGGAGAAAGUUGGAGAAGUGAAGGGACACACAAUAUGGCGAGUAGCAGACACAGAGAUCCACUCAUACAAACGCACUACAACACAUCUGACAGAGCAACAGAACAGCUUGAACAAGACAUACCUUUCUCUUGUUGAGAACAUGUUGAGAACAGAGUUUUUCUAUUUCUCUCCGACCUAUGACAUCAGUCAUUCCUUACAACGACUACAUAACACAAGCCCAGAGUUCCAGAGCCUUGCCUUGCAUGAGAGGGCAGACCAGAGGUUUGUAUGGAACGGGCAUGUACUACGUGAGUUGACCCAGCAGCCAGAGUUAAGCCGGUACUGUUUGCCAGUUAUUCUAGGCUUCAUUGAAGUGUCAUCUUGCCAAAUCAAUGGAAAAUCAUUUGACUACACCCUUAUAUCACGUCGCUGCAUAUAUAGAGCUGGCACUCGCUUCAACGUGCGAGGUGUGGAUUCAGAAGGCCAGGUGGCAAACUUCGUUGAAACAGAGCAAAUUGUUCAGUAUAAUGGCCAUUGCUGUUCUUUUGUUCAGACACGAGGCUCCAUUCCAUUGUUUUGGUCACAACGAGCAGAUUUAAAGCGCAUCCCAAAUCCAGUGCUGAUUAAGGCCAAUCAUCUAAGUGGCUUCCAGAAACAUUUUGACAACCAGAUUUAUAACUAUGGCUAUCAGGUGAUUGUGAACUUGGUGAACCAGAAAGGCUAUGAGAAAGAGCUGGAGACCAUGUAUGGACAGACAGUCUCCAGUGCAAAGAAUGCAAAUAUAAGGUAUGAAGCAUUUGAUUUUCACAAAGAAUGCAAAAACAUGCGUUUUGACCGAUUAUCCUUACUGCUGGAUCGUCUGGAAGGUGACAUUAAACGUUUUGGAUAUUUCCACCAGAACAGAGAUGGAUUUGUAGUCAGCCAGCAAUGCGGGGUGUUUCGUACCAAUUGCAUGGACUGUCUGGAUCGCACCAAUGUUGUUCAAGGGUUGAUUGGGCGCGAGGUUCUAAAGGAUCAGUUAACAAGACUUGGUGUUCUAGAGGCUGGGCAGAACAUUGAGGACCAAAAGCAGUUUGACACUGUCUUUAGGAAUGUCUGGGCUGACAAUGCUGAUGUGAUAUCUAAGCAAUACGCUGGAACUGGUGCUCUCAAGACAGACUUCACACGAACUGGUAAGCGAACAGCAUUGGGAGGUUUGAUGGAUGGCUGGAACUCCUUAGUACGAUACAUCAGAAACAACUUUCAGGAUGGUAUUCGGCAGGAUGCCAUUGACUUGUUUUUGGGAAACCAUGUAGUGGAGGAAACAGAAGGGCUUACCUCAAGAUCACCACUUGCUGUCCAGCGGGACUGGAAGUACUAUGCAAUACCGGUGAUAUUAAUGAUAGCUUCAGCCAUGCUGAUCAUCACAAUCCUCCUUCCCGAUGAACAAACUAGUGAGCAGCUGAUGUACAUAUUCUUCUGGGGUGCAGCAGCUAUAAUAUCUCUGGCCACCCUCUUCUGGUUUGGGACAGUGUUUGUUGAUCAGCCACGCCUUCUAAAUGACAAGAUUAAAAUUGAAUAGCUAUAUGACAGAGGCAUUUUGAUUGUCUGACUCCAGGAAUCCAGUUAGACUUGAGUACUGCUAAACCAGCCAAGGACAGUUUUAAAUAAUCAUGAGUUCAAGUGUUUCACUAACAUGCACACAGGCACAUUCUACCAUACUUCAUAUGACUCUUUUAAUUUAGUAGAAGAGAUCAUAAUUUGAUGAUAAUAUGAGAGUAGAUGUGAUAACUAUUUUCUUAGUCAGAAAUGACAGAUUUAUUUACAUGUUCCUAUGUAUAAAAGCAUGAAUGAUUUCUGAUGUAUGCUUUUCUCUGAUGUCUGAUACAGUGUGUAAUAUGUAGCACAAAUAAAUGCUAAGAAAUUUCACAAGAUUGACUGUAAAUGUAAGCAACUUUGUCUUCAUGAUGAAAGUGCUUCUCGCAAAACAUUUCUUACCGUGUCCAUAAAUGAGAAACAAUCCUGUUUAUUUAAAUAUUAUUGAAUUCUCAUAACCAUAAUUAUGAAGCAUUCCUAAUAGAAUCUUAUAACCUGCUUAUUCUUGUAGCGUCCCCACCCUAAUCACUUGCCCAAAGGGGUCCAGCAGUGCGUCAGUCAAACACCUGUCACCAUUACAGUGGAAUUGGCAGUCCUGGUUCAAAUCUCGUGCAUGCCAUUCUUUCUCUGUACCUGGUGUCCGUCAACAACAGGUCUGGUUGCUUUUCCUCAACCCAUUUUCCCCAUCCCCAGCCAAUAUUUCUUGAAUUUUAGUGUGCCAUUUGUGUCAGAUUCUCUCAUCUGCCUUUCUGUAACAAUUCUUUGCAGAUUAAUUUGCUGGAGAUGUAUUUUUACUGGUUUGUGUGAAUUGUUCAAGAAAUUUAAUUUGUUUGUGUGUGUGUAAGCUAUCAUCAGAUUGGACCAACUGUUAGUUUUGCAUAGGUUUGCUUUCUCCCUAACUGGAUUCCUGAAAGAUGACGAUGCCAGACUGUGCUCGUAAACUCUGAUGCUUUGUUGUAUAAAAACUGUUUCCUUAUUUUAAGUUUUCAAAUUCAAAAGAGGGAAUGGUGUAGCUGGAUCUAACAAUCUGAGGGAUAAACUGGUUAUAAUAUUGGCCUGCCAUGUGUAUAGUUGAGCUGGCAGAGAUCCAUGGCUUGCUCUGGCAACUUUGUUACUGGACCAGCUUUCCAUGGUGGAUGUUCUGUGGAAAUAAAUGUAACAUAUAAGAUUAUAUUGAUAGACAACGUAUGCUUUAAAAAAAAACAACCCACACACAAGGGGAUUGUUGUAUAGUUCACAUAUGUUCUUGCUCGCUGGACAUAUCAGCUGUUCACUUUUAUCUUUGCAACACCAUCAGGCCAUCGAUGUCACCAUACAGUCAUUUUGUUACCAGCAGUUGACAUUCAUUUGUUACUGUUUUUAAAGCAAUGGAUACCCUUAAAUACAAGUUUCAGGAGGACUACCUGUUGAAAAUAGUGUUUAUCGUAUAACUUUUUACAGAUUCCUAUGCUUUAGCAGUAAACCCAACAAAGUUAUCUGGAAGCGAUAUGAGUUUGGUUGAUAAGCUGGCACACAGUCAGCCCAAUGUUUAGUUGCAUGGUUUAAUGGUGAUCGGCAUCUUACAGAUACACAUGCAAGAGGGUGAACUGUUGUUACAAAUGCAUCUGCAGAUGUCCACAAACAUUUUUUACUACAUUGCUUCUGACCAAUCUUGUAGAUGUGUGCUAUGCUAAGGGGAGAUAAUGUCAAUGAAGGGUAUCUUAGGGAUUUGAUAAGAAAAUCUUUGAGAGAAAAAUACUCUAAAGAUCCAAGCUUGGGGUUGCUGAGAAUUCCACAAACAGAGCCACAUAUGUUCCACCUUUUACAAAAUUUGCUAUGAGGAAAAUGCACCCAUCCCUUGAUUUAUGAACUUUAUUCCUAAAAUCUGUCCCUAAACCAAACAAAAUGUAAAAUUCUUGUAUUGUUCUAGAUUCAGACUAGACUACCCUUUCAAAAAACACUUUAAAGAAACUUAAGCAACUGUUAAACUAUUGCUAAACAGAGUGAUCGAUGUUCAGAGUUAGAAUACAAGUGAUGUGAACUGCAUCGAACAUUGUUAAUGUUCGUUUCAGUUCUGCAUAUUAUUCUGUUCUGGACUGGCCCAAAAUUUGGGUUGUAAAUAAAUAUUAAUUCUAUGAGUUUUUUUUAUAAUUUGGCCUUGCUAGUCUGAUGCAAAUAACAUGCAUCUAGGAUUACUGAAUGGUGAAUGCUUGUACAGAAAUGUUGAUGCUAUUGCGACUGUUAUGCUGCGUGCCAGUUGGGAACUGUCCUGCAGAAUGCAGUCUUCCUGGGCUAAAAAGGGUUGAGGUCACAUUUUUAUUUUAUUAUGUUGUUGCAAUGAGCAAGGCAGUUUAUGUGCCUCCUCUGCUUAUGCUUUAUUAUAUGCAGCUUAUUUUUUAUGAAAUUUUAGGAACUUGUUAAGAUAGUGUGCAUAUAGUGUUUAAACAUUUUGUUUUCUUCGAUUUUAUUCUUCAUAGCACUUUAUACUGACUGCCUUAACCAGUAAUCAUAGGUAGUUAACACAAGAGUGCUCAGCACUUUUUUCUAAUUUACAACAAAAUAUUGUAUGCCUUUGCUGUAAAAAGCAAAUAUCUCACUUAAAAGUAAACUUUUUUAUCAUAUGAAUUAUUUAUAGUUACAUAAGAUUUACAUUACUUGUGUACACUAUUUUUAUGGACUGGAUUGUUUGGGAAAUGGUAAGUAACACAGUAAAAGAGUCACUGUC